AUGUCCGCCGAUGGCUUAGAAGACGGUGAAAUCCAAUCAGAACAGUGGGUUUAUCGAUUAAUUGCGUUUAAUUGCCCGCUUCUCUCAGCGAAUCGUCUCCGCAACCAGACGAUAUCAACGAUGAGAUAAUCAUUGAUAAAAUCAUUCAAAAAGAGGUAGCUUUCAAAACAUUAUCUUCUAUUCAAUUGUGUGUUUCAGGAAAGAGCGUCCCGCAUGUCGCUGACUUCAACUGCUGCAAUUUCCGAGCCGAGACGCGGAAAGUCGCCCAAAAGGCAAACAAAAAAUUUCCGGAACGGUAAGACGAACGGAUCAAAAAACAUGCUCCACUCCCUAAUUUCAGAACGUAACGGCCGACACUCGACCUCCUCGAACGCCUCGAAACAGAGAGGAUCUUCUCCGAGAAGAAGUGCACCGGCGUCUACGUGGCAAGGUUCGUUUUUUUUUCUUCGAAAAUCAUUUCUCUUUUUACUCAUGAAGUACACACGCUGUCAAGGUCGCUAUUUCAUCGUUUGUGGCGAUGGUGAAAGUAAACGGAGCUCGGACUGCAACAGUAUCAUUUUCCAGGAAACAGCCGGCCCCUCCGCCCUUCACCAUCGGAAUCUGUCGUCUUUCCUCCUGCAACAGCGCCGGUGAGUCAUUCGAUCAAACGAAUCCAUCUUCAUGACUUUAUUCCAGGGAAUAACUCUAAACCCCGAUAUAGUGCGACUGCAGUCUCUUGUCAGCAACACUGGAACUUUUUUCCAACCGCACCGUCAGCAGCUUCACUUCUUCGCUCCGCCCCCGAUUCCUCCGCCUCUGAUCCCGUCAUUGAUGAGCCAAAUAAUUCCACCGUUGCUGCAAUCCAUCUCUCCGGAUCCUGUCCCUACUUAUCGUGGUGGAAACUACGAAGAAGUCAGAAUGGAGAUAACGAACGAGAGGACUACCCCCGAAGAGCCUCCUUUAUCGCCUCCGAGGGUCACUUUGCAACCACCGGUAAACAUCCCACUGCAAGUGCAGCUCCCUCCUCCGCCCCCUCCUCCAAAACAUUCUGUGAGCAUUCCCAAGCCGAUUGCCACCUCUACUCCAACUCCGACACCUACCGAGUCAGAUGAAAAUACUUUAAGAGAAUUACUUUUGCUGCAGAUGGAGUCCAAGAAGAGAAGUGCUCCACCAGCUAGCAAGACGUUUCCGGAGAAAAGUGUUCCGGCCAAGAAACAGAAGCCUGAUACUCUUUCCCCGAUCGCUGUUGCUCCGGCUCCUACCACAGCAAUCACAAAAACUGUCGUCCGCAAGGAACCGGUUCCGUGUAAACUAGCACCAACGCCUCUGAAAGUCUCGUCUACAACUUCUAUCGCUUCUCAUUCCGACAAGAGAAAAGAACUGAGGAACCAGAUAGACAAGGAAGAUCUAGAGAUCAUCUCGACAAAGAAUGACAUGCUUGCUGCUCGAGAUGAAAUUCGAGAAAUAUCGAAGAGACUUGAAGAAACGAAAGUGUCUCUGAAGAGCAAUCGUGAGAAGUUUCUGGCGGCACAAGCACGGAAGCGAGACCUGGAACGUCAGCUGGAUGACAUUGACAACGAAGAUUUGGAUAUUCUCUGCGAUGAAUCUGAGUGAGUUCGAAAAUGGGUUGAACAAGCAAGGAAAUUUCAUUACUAUAGAUUCGCGAACAUUUCAUUCAUCGUCAACAUCAAAUCUGAAACCGUACGUACACCGUUGCCAGAGCCUGAUUCAACGCCUGUUGAUCCACAAUGUCAACCAACAGCGAGUUCUGUCGAAGAAAAAGAAUCAAUGGAAAUUGAAAAAGACGUCGACGAACAAGAAAGUAGUAGCACCGAUGAUUCGGUCGGUGCGACUAUGGCUGGAGAUUCGGGUACGUUGAGAGCAACGAACGGCAGAAGAACGAAGGGCUGAUGCACGAUUUGUAGGGGACAACUUGGGGAUGCUGAUUGUCGGGUUGCUUGGGGAAGAUGAAUAAAGACAUAAGAAAAAAAAGACAUAGAACACACGCCGAACGGGUAAUGUUAAAGGGAAAACAAUUACAGAAGAGGAGCCUGAAGAGGAAAACGAACGGCUGGCAGACCGAGUACGCGCACUCUCUCAUUCUAGUCUCCUCGGGGCUGUUAUCAACUCUUCUGGUGAUGCUCUGAAUGAAAAUCUAGGCGAAUCAGGGCUCAACAAAGAGUUGAAUCUCAGAGAAAUACUCAUUGCAAAAUCGAAAUCGAAGUGAGUGAUCUUGUUGUCGAAUUAUACGCUAAUCGUCUGAUUACAGAGACAAUUCUGAAGCUCUCACUGUCGCCGUCACCGCCUCUCCAGUGGUUGUUCCAUCUGAACGUUCUGAAGCGUGUCGUGAUUUGCUGCUGAAAGUUUGCAAGUUUGAUCUCAACGGGCAGUGCACAAGAGGACGGGAUUGCAUAUAGUUAGUAGAUUACCCGGGUCCCCACGGAGCAUCAGAAGUCUUCUGAAGUUGCGUCUCUUGCGGGGAAAACCCACUCAAAUUAGCCGCCUUUUCUUUCACAGCCUCCACCUGCACGAGAUCAUCGACAAGGAGCGUCAAUAUCAGCUUCUCGAAGGAUUACUUCGGGAUGUGUUCGCCUACAACGAAGCCGAUAUAGGUCCCUCUUCGGUUCCCCUUAAAUUCGCUGGAUUUCUCUCACUCCUCUCUAAACCGUUCCUCUCGCAAUCUUGCUUAUUUUCAGAGCCGGCCAUCAACGAUGUGAUGCAAUAUCUUCCGACGUUGCGGGAAUACGAACACCUCAUUCAACACUUUCUCCAUGUUUCGAUUGUCAAGAAUCCGGAGCACAAAGGCAGGUUGUUCGCGUUUUACGCCCAUGGGCGCUCACAGAAUUGA